AUGAUCGCAGGCCCGGGGACAGGGAGCGGCGUCCAGCAGCAGGUCUCCAAGGACCCCGCGCCUUCCUUCCCGGGGACCGGCGAGGCGGCCUCCCUCCACCUCCUCCGGGAGGACCCCCGGCCUGUCCGGGAAGGGGACCCCGCGGCCGUCCGGCCGGGGCCCAGGACCAUGCCGGACGAAGUGACCGGUCCUGGGAGGGCCCCUCCCACCCGCCUCUCCUCCUUCUCCAUCGAGAACCUGCUGCGGGGCGAGGAGAGGCGGAGGCCGAGGGGGAGAAGGGGGAGAAGGGAGGAGACCCCCCCUCCGGGGGACCCCCAGGAGGUCCCCCCGAGGCUGGACGGGCUGGACGGCGGGGGGCUCUGCCCGGCCGGCUGCUGCGGAGACUCACCCUGCGCGUACCCGCCCGGAGAGUGGCUCCAGAGGGGACCCCCCAUCUACACCCCUUGCAAAAGUCCGGACGCGUCCAGCGAGCGAGCCUCUCCGGAGAGCCCCGAGGAAGCGGAGCGGCCGGAGGACAGCGGGCAGGGCCGGCGGCCGGGAGAGGCGGGGCCGGGCCCCGGAGGGCCGGGCCGGAGGGCCGAGGAGCCGGACGCCGCCUCCCAGAGGGCCUCCGGACGCAAGAAGAAGACCAGGACGGUGUUCAGCCGCAGCCAGGUCUUCCGGCUGGAAUCGACCUUCGACGCCAAGCGGUACUUAAGUAGCUCGGAGCGCGCCGGGCUGGCCGCCUCCCUGCAGCUCACCGAGACCCAGGUGAAGAUCUGGUUCCAGAACCGUCGCAACAAGUGGAAGAGGCAGCUGGCCGCCGAGCUGGAGGCCGCCAACCUCUCCCACUCGGCCCAGAGGCUCGUCCGGGUGCCCAUUCUCUACCACGAAAACUCAGCGGCCGCGGCCGGGGCCCUGGGCUUCCCCUUGGCCCACGGCUCGUCGCCCCUGGUGGGGGGCUUCUCCAGGGCCCUCUCCUACCCGCUCCCCACCUUCCCUUCGGCCAUGCCUUUCCUCCGGCCGCAGAGGCCCGGUCUCGUCUGA